UUGGCAAACAGGAUGCAUGUAUAUGACUGGAGGCAGAGUUGAACCAUUAUGGGCUAUAUCAGCUACGUUUAUUACCAGUGAUUAAUGAGUAACUCAUGGUACAAAAGGAGAGGGUGCGAUGGUCUGUUUCUGGAGAAUGGAACGGACUCUGAGGAGGAGACAUAUGUUUUUUUAGAACAAGCCUCUAACAGUGACUUGCUCACUUGCUAGAGAUUUUUUUUUUUUACAGAUUAAAUCUGAUUUAGAGGAAACACACUGACUGGUCAUGGCCAGAAGUCCACCCAUCAUAAUGCUUUGGCUGUGGUUGCAGUCUUCUAUGCAUCUUCAGGGUUCAAACAUUCACGGGAACCCCAGUCUGUGGGGAAAGAAGGCUGAGUUCCAGAUCAAGCCGUGCAUGUGGCAGCUGGACCCAGGGCUGUCUGUGCCAGAGCUGGAGGAGCUGAGCGUGUGUGUCUUGCUACGCCUCACAGUGAUAACCGAAUGGACCGCCUUCGCCUACAAAGCCCCCGGGAACCCGGCGGUCGAGCUGGGACUGGAAGGAGACGACCAACACAUCACGGCGGUGCUGUUUGGAGCCAGAUGGCCCCUGAACGAAUCGCUGACAUCCAAAGUCUGGCAGUCUGUGUGUUUGACCUGGUCAGCCGCGAGCCGGCACCUUCGACUCUACGUCAACGGGACGAGGCGUCUGGACCAGGCCGUAGACCCCCCCGUGUCUGGGCGGCUGGCCCCCAACGGAACCCUGACCCUGGCCUGGCCUCACUCGGUGGACCAGAAUGGCACGGUGUGGCGGGAGGACGGGAAGACCCUCAUGGGGGGCAUCGGCCUGUUCAGGAUGUGGGCCAGAGAAUGGCGAGCUGAGGAGAUUAUGCUGCUGGGCUGCGUGGAGGGAGACGUGGUGAGCUGGGACGCCAGACACUGGAAUCACCGUUCACCCGCGAGCUGUCCUCCCAAAGAGGACACCAGCCUGCAUUGUGAGUGGUCGAGCUACGAAAUUAAAAUGUGGGCUUAUAUCAAACACUCCAACACUUCUGAUGCAACCAAAAGCAGCCUGGAAUCAAUCACAAGGCACUGGAUGGAAAGCAUCUUCCCGCUGAACUUUUCUGUUCAGAACGUGUCAGUGCUCUCUCAAAGCCGGCGCUGUCUUGCAGGCGAUAACCCUGCUGCUCUAUACAUACAACUCCCUAAGAAAUCAAAAGAAUUUGGGAACUUCACCUUUGAUUACUGCUUCCUCUCUAAGGUGUUUGUGAGUAUUAGUCCCAAGAAGAGUGUUGAGUCGGUGCAGGCUGACAUCAGGAUGAAACUGGAGCCAGAGUUCUCCUAUGACUCCCUUACCCUAAGGACGGAUAUCCAUGAUCUUAGCAUUCAACCAGUCGCGCCGUUGUACACAAUGACAAAGCCACCACCUAUAGUCUCAGAAUCACCCAGACCAGCAACUGACACAACCUUCAGCUUCCCAACAAUGAGUACAGACUCCACCACAGAAGCUACAAAUUCAACCCAGCGAUGUCCUUCCAGUCCUACAACAACCAAAGUGCCGCUCAACAACACUGUUGGCAUAAUGGUUUCGUUCUUCGGAGUAAACAUGACCUUUAUAUUGAAUGGCAACGCUACAAAUCCAACAACUUUUAUCGAGUGCUGGCUUUACGAGCGACUGGUGUUAAAUGGCAUGGACAUGGUGGACUUCUGGAUAUUUGGAAAUAGUAUCAGGAACAUGAAACAAUAUGGUGUACAACAGAUCUCCCACCGGCUAAACGAAGAAUAUAACUGCACCUUCCAUGUUCGGGGAAAUCUAUUGUCAACUAUCAAAGAACUGGAAACCCUCAUAGUAGGCUCCCUGAAUCAAACGUUCAGUAACGAUACUCUUUCCAUUCAAACAACCCAGCUGAUGGUACGGUACAUUGGGCCAAAGAGCUGUCCAGAAGAAACUCUGAAGACCAUCUACGGGGUGUAUUUGUGGCCCGAGACGUUUCCUCAGAACAAGCGAGCCUUGAAAUGUCAGAGGCCUCUCAACAGGACAGCCUUCCGGUUUUGUAAAUUCGAUGUAGACUCUGACAUGACCAGCUGGGAGGAUCCCGAUAUGACUGAAUGCGAGCCCCGCACGAUCAUAUCUGACCUGAACGACCACAAUGUCACAGCUGAGAACGCGAUGGACAUGUGGCUGACCAUUCAGGACCUGGUGGACUUUGAGCUGGGCUCAGGCAGCGGGAGCGGGAGCGACGGAGAGCUCAGCGCCUCAGACAUGGUGACCGUGGUGGGGAAGCUGGAUGAUGUCGUAGACGUCAGCGUGGUCACGGCCGAACUCAGCAAUGACAUCUUCUCUAUGAUCUCAGAUAUUCUGAACUCCAGGAGUGACAUGGCUCCAGUGUCUAACAUGGUGCUGAAACUCACAGAAAGAAUCGGGGACAAGGCAGUGUUUUCAGGGGAUUUAUUUAACGUGGCCACCCCUGCAAUGGCUGUGUCCAUGAUCAACGUGAAGCCAAAGAACUUCAGAGGAAUCACCUUCUGCGUUACUAAUUAUGCUGAUGGUAUGACCCCAGAGCUCAUGGUCAACGAGAGCUUUGCUGAAGCAAUCCCAGGCACGGUUGCGUCUAUCAGCCUGCCAGCUGAGCUCAAAAAUCAACUCGCAGCGGACGGAAACAAAACCAGAUUUCAGUUCCAGUUCUAUGGAGUACAAGACCUCUUCAAUGACACAGGCAUUGCCAUCAAAACAGAGGGUAACUGGACUCUCAACAGCUAUGUCAUUUCGGCCAGCAUCAACAACAGAACAGUGAGCAACCUCAAUCAGAGUGUGGAGGUGACCCUCAACAACAACAGAGCCAUGCAGGAACAUGAGAACGUGACGUGCGUCUUCUGGGACUUUGGUGAUAAUGAGGGUCAAGGUGGUUGGAACAGCACGGGGUGUGAGACUCGGGCUACAUCUGCUAAUGUGACAAGCUGUUUCUGCAAUCACCUCACUAGCUUUGCUGUGCUUUUGGACAUAUCCAGGGCCCCCAUGAGUGAGAAAGACCGUGAGAUUAUGACGCUGAUUUCGUAUCUGGGUUGUGGUAUAUCCUCCAUCUUCCUGGGCAUCACCCUUAUGACUUACUUGAUCUUUGGAAAACUGCGUCGGGAUCACCCGUCCAAGAUUCUGAUCAACCUAUCGGCCGCCCUGCUGGCCCUGAACCUGCUGUACCUGCUCAACACCUGGAUGUCCAGCUACGGCUACGGCCUGUGCAUCCUGACCGCCGUGCUCAUGCACUUCUUCCUGCUGGCGUCCUUCACCUGGAUGGGGCUGGAGGCGCUGCACAUGUACUUUGCCCUCAUCAAGGUCUUCAACGCGUACGUGCGGUCCUACAUCCUCAAACUCUGCGUGGUGGGCUGGGGUGUUCCCCUGAUAAUAGUAGGAGUGGUGCUGGCCACUGAUGUCGACGCCUACGGCAGCAGCAAUAUAACUUCAGCAGCAGAUGAAACAUCUGAACCAUUCUGCUGGAUCCAGAGCGACGUGCACUUCUACGUGACGGUGGCGGGCUUCAUCCUGCUCGUCGUGCUGGGGAACACCGGUGUGUUCGUGGUGGUGCUGCUCCAGAUCCGACGCAUGCGCACCAACAAGCCGCUGGGGAAGCCGGCCGCGGGCGGCUCCGCGCAGGACCUGCGGGCCGCCGCCAGCCUCACCGUCCUCCUGGGCCUCACCUGGCUCUCGGCCUUCUUCGCCGUGGGGCCGGGCAGGACGGUGAUGCUCUACCUGUUCUGUAUCCUCAACAGUCUGCAGGGCUUCUUUAUCUUUGUGUUCCACUGUCUGACGAAGGAGAACGUGAGGAAACAGUGGAGAACACGUUUGACCUUUGACCGAUUCAAGCCCAGUGACUUCUCAGACUGGAGUCGCUCCACCAGUCGGCCCAAACAGGAGCCCAACUCCCACUCCAUGGGGUCGGUAGACACCUCGUCCAUCAUCAAGGCCUCAGAGUUGUCCAGCACCACGGGGUCCCUGCCCGUCCACCCCGGGAGUGAGGGAGCCGGACUCCUUCUACAGGUGGCUCAACCCGCCAGCACUCCCAACAACAUAAAGACCUCAGUGUCCUGGUCUAAUCAGUAGUGUGGCCUGAUGGCAAAGACCCGACAUGAAGGUCAUGGUAUCAAGAUGACUGAAGGGGGGCGAGAUCGAUCAUUUCAUGGAACACAAAGAGAAACUUUAACGUACCUACUUCAUCAAAGGCCAGGCAACGGCAGAAAUAAUGCUGAGGUCGAGGUUUUAAGUUAUUUGCUUUUAUAUGUACAUAGUAAAAUCCUAUAAAAAAAACCAGACGAUUUAAACACCUGCUAUUUUGAGCGCUUAACCGCUUUUUAUGCCUAACAGAGGCAGUCAUAUAGUUUCACAGAUAUUUGGUUUAUUCAUUUUAAAGCUAUAUUUGUUAUUUUUCAAUGUAUAUAUGUGUCUUUACUGGAAAAAAUUAAAGUUUUCGAUCAUA